AUGCUCCAAAGACUGUUUUCCAUCGUCUCCAAAGGCCGAAACACAGGCGGCUCCAAUGGCGCCGGAAUGCGCUACGAAGCCGAGGGCGGCGACCCAGCCAACGCAGGGCUGCAAAACGCCCGGCGGUUCCUCGAGCCCGUCAAGGCGCGGCACCCGUGGAUCACGUACGCGGACCUGUGGACGCUGGCCGGCGUCGUGGCGGUGCGGGCCAUGGGCGGACCCGAGAUCGCCUGGCGGCCAGGGCGGACCGAUUUUGCCGACGACAGCAGGGUGCCACCGCGGGGCAGGCUGCCGGACGCGACGCAGGGCGCCGCGCACGUCCGCGAGGUCUUUUACCGCAUGGGCUUCGACGACCGCGAGAUCGUGGCCCUGUCCGGCGCGCACUCGCUCGGCCGCUGCCAUCCGGCCAACUCGGGGUUCGAGGGCAAGUGGGUCAACAACCCGACCAGGUUCUCGAACCAGUACUUCCGCCUGCUGCUGAGCGAGGACUGGCGGGAGAAGAUUGUGGCCGCGACGGGGCUGAAGCAAUUCGUGGCCGUCGACGAGGUCACGGGGGACGAGCUGAUGAUGUUGCCCACGGACCUGUCGCUCACGUCCGAUCCGGUGUUUGCCAAGUGGGUCAAGCUGUACAAGGACGAUCAAGAGCUUUUCUUUGCGGAUUUCGCCAAGGUAUUUGACAAGUUGAUGGAGUUGGGCAUCAAGAGGGAUGCAGAGGGACGGGUGAUCAACAAGGAAAAUGUGGAAGGGGGCUAUGUUAGUGCUCCUAAAAAGGAGGGCAAGAUUGCAUCCAAGCUAUGA